AUGGCGCCGUCGUGGGUGGGAGGGAGGAGCGCAGUCGCUUGCUCACUGCCGCAUCUGGAGAGGAAGCGCUUGCGGGCGGAGCAGGAGGUGGCCGCGCUACUCGAUGCUGGCCGCUGUGUUGGGGGCGUAGAGGAGGAGGGCGACGCCGGCGGCAGGCCUCUGCGCGGUGCGGCCGGGAGUAGGGAGGAGUGCGGCGCAUGGGGGGAAGUGCGGUGCGGCCGCGAGUGGAGUGCGGUGCGACGCGAGCAAGUAGCGAGCAGGAGGCGACGAGCCGAGUGCGGCGGCGGUAGGGGAGAGGGGGCCUGGCUGUAG